GAAUGUCACCAGAGGAAGUCAGCUGAAAACAGUUAAAUCAUUUGCCUGCAACAUUACCCAAGACGUGACUUUUCCGAUGCAUAUGAUGAAAUCAAGAGAAUCCUCUUCAUGUAGACAUUAUUUCUGAUCUUUCUCAUGAAUUAGUCCUGUAUCUUUACAAUGAACAAUCAAUAAAACUACUUUACCAUCAAGAAUAUGAUACCAAUGGAUAAAAAGAGGAAUCCAACACGGAGGAGAACACAGUUUAAUCCAGGGGCUUGUAUUCAACUGAAAGAGGUGCCAGAAGAGCCACUUCCAUUGGAGGAAGGAGAUAAUUUUCACUUAAGUUUAUAUGACUCAUUGGAAUCUGAUUCUGACAGUUUAAUUCAAGAGCAGCAAUACCAACAAGAGCUGAAACAUCGCAUUCAGGAAAAUGAAGUGGUAUUUCAGAAGUUUGACACUGAAUUUGAUACAGAGAAUGGAGAUGAUGACGACCAGGAUUUGUACGAUAGUCUGGAAGAAGCAGAAGUUGAAAAUGAGUUUGAUGGAAGCAAGUUUGAACCGGAGCACAAGGGUAGUGAAAAAACAAGAAAUCACACCAGUGACAAAUAUGCCAGCCUAAAGUAUGAUCCCAAUUGGAGGAAUACCAGAGAGGGGGCAGAGAUUCUUUUGUCCAAGGAGGUGCUUCAACAACAAAGCCCACAUCUUAAUGAUUCCCUGAUGAAUUUGCUCCAGGAGUCGAAUGACCUGUUAGAGAAUGAUGUUGCAGUAUCCCAUGAAUUUAAGCACCCAGAUUUAUUGGAACAUAGAAGGCUAGCAAAUAAAUCUCAAGGAGUUAGAUUUAUUUUGAGAGAAAAUGGUAAAAAUGCAGAGAAGCAACCUAAAAGGAAAAGACCACCUUCUCCUUGCAAAUUUAGUGACAGCAGUCAAGAAGAAUGUGAUUUAUUUGAUUCUUCUGCCUCUUAUGAUGAUAACAGUACAACUGAUUUGCAAAACCACAGGAAAAGCAGAUCAGAAAAUAUUGCAAAAACAGUACCAUGGGUUAAACAUGGGAAAAAUAAAUAUCACAAUGGAACAAGUGACAAUGAAAUGUUGAAGGAUCGUGAAUAUGGACACCUUAACUUAUUGGAACACAAGAAACAAAUGGGUAAAUCUCAAGGAGUUAGAUUUCGUUUGAGAGAAAAUGACAGCAAUGAAGAGAAACAGACUAAAAGGAAAAGACCACCUCCUUAUUGUAAAAAUAUUGAAAGCAGUCAAGAAGAAUGUGAGUCUCUUGAUUCUUUUGGAUCUUAUGAGACCAACAAGAGUGAUUUGCGAAAGGAUAGGAAAAUGGCAACAGACAAGAUUGCAGAAACAGGAUCCCAGGAUGAUCAUGGGAAAAAUAAACAUCACCAUGAAGAAGACUUUGAAAAUUUAAAUGAUCACUAUCAGAAAGAGUACAUACAGUACUGGGAGUGUGAGUCAAUGCACAGUGAUGGAAGCAUAAAUAGUGUUAAAAGCAGCAAGGUCCCUGUGAUCUCUUGUGACAGGAAAUUAGAAGCAAAAGAAAGAUCAAGGAAUGACAUUGUGGAACGUAAUAAGCAAACUCUGGGUGCACGCAAAAUAACCUCAUAUCAACAAUUAUACAAUGAAAUGAAGACCAGAAGUACUCAGAAGGUAUCCACUACGAAAAGUUGCAAGACCAUGACUAUUGAGGAGUCCAAGCAAAAUACUGUGGAUGGUCAGGAGAACAGUGCUGAAAUGAAGUGGAAGCAAAGGGCUCAGAAGUUACAGAACUACAAGACAAAACAAUUAUCUACUAAGAAAAAAGGAUUGACGAAUGUAGAGAGAGAGAAACCCUCACGGCCGCCUGAUAAGCCUUCAACUAAACAGCAUACACAGAAAACUGAGCAUGAGGAGAAGUUGCGACAUGUUGAAGAUGUGGAGGUUCAUCAGAAUAAAAACACAUCUGAGUUGCUAAUAAUUCAUACAGAUGAUGACAGUGUUCCAUUGACUCCGGGCAGUGACCAUACAUUUACCUCAUCAUCACGCAGUCAAGUUGGUCAUGCUUUUAAUCCCAAACCUCAGCCAACAGUGAAUCUCAACAUUCAUUUAAGUACUUCUUCAGAUUUUGUCCCAACUAUAUCUAGUGAUAAUACACAAACGACUGUUAGACUAGUAGCAUCACAUCAUCCAAUGAGUCAAGGCUCUUCAUAUUACAAUAGCCACAAUGGUUAUAAUGCACUGCAGCACCAAAAUCCUGUUCCGUAUUUUCAGGACUCUCAAAGGACUACUCACAAUCCACACCAAUACAGCCCAUCAUGA